AAAAUAACUGUUACCAUAUUCAACCUCGAUCAUUUCAUGCUCAGAAGGCUGUGAUUUUCACAGUUCAUUCCACCAUUUUGCUUGCAUGGGAAAGGAAGAGGAGUUGCUGCUGUCGACUUGUGUAUUUAUAUGGACUCUCACAGUGUAUGAUAAGGACCGUCUCAUUAUUUACAACCAUUGAAUCUCACGGUAUUUAAAACCUUGUGAAUUAUUUUUAAGACCGAAAACAAUUUAAAGUUUACAAGGCGCUGGAUUCUUCUUUUUUUUUUUUUUAUGUUUUUGGUCGCUUCAAUAGGAUCACUCUAGCAUUGAAAUAAGCGGAAUAAAUAGACCUUAUCAUCAUUGUACGUAUUAAAACUGAAAACGUUGCUGGAUAAAAUGGUGCAGUGUAAAGUGUUUCUCAUGACCUUAUUUCUCAUUGUGAUAGAACAGAUAUCUGGCAAAUGUUUGCACCACGAGGAAGAACUUGUAUACCAAUGGAUAUCCGUAGAAUUCCAGUGGCCAAACGAAACCAUGAAACAAGAAUACUUGGACUCAGGAAAAUAUAUUCCUCAGAAUAACGCCAUUAAUGGGAUCAAGCUGUACAAAGGACAAGUUUACUUGACAAUUCCCAGGCUAAAAGAUGGCGUAGCAGCAUCAUUAACGAUGGUUGACAGUAACAGCAAUGACGAUUCGCCGGUUCUUCAUGCUUAUCCUAGUUGGGAGAUGCAUGUUGUAGGGGACUGUAGCACCCUUCAGUUAGUACAAAGCAUGGAGAUAGAACCCGAUACUGGAUUAAUGUGGAUCCUAGAUACAGCUUAUGUUCCGAGUUCAUCGAUAGAGGUCGCAGACCGUUGCCCUCCUAAGAUAGUGAUUUGGGACAUCAAUCAAAAUAAAGAGGUUUACAGGUACGUUUUCCCUGAUGAUGUUGUUUCGGAUCCUUUUUAUCUGAAUGAUCUGGUUCUGGAUUAUGACACCGGAAAUUACGUCAAAUAUGUCUACAUCAGUGAUACCCUUGGAAGAAAAAUGAUGGUUUAUGACCAUACAAACAAACAGUCGUACUAUUUUGUACAUAGUAGUUUCGAUAGAGAGAUGGAAUACAGUACUAUUUCAAUUAAUGGUCAAAGCACAAUGGCUCCCCUAAGUGUAAACGGAAUUGCAAUUUCUUACGAUUUUAGUGAAGUAUAUUAUUGUCCCAUGGCUUCGCUGACUUUGUACCGCGCCCCAACGACUGCUCUCAGAAACAAGGACUCCAACAUAAAUGUACUCACUGGAGUAGAAAGUCUCGGCAGUAAAGGUAUUCAGUCAGAUGGACUAUAUUAUGGCAAGGGAAGUUCACUCUAUUACUCCACUCUCGGCCAAAAUGGGGUUUACCGAUGGGAUACUUGGACAAAUGUGAAAGAAGCACUAGUGAAAAACUCUACCAUUGAGUGGGUGGAUUCCCUGGGAAUGGACGAGAACGGUUAUUUGUGGUUUACCUCAAAUAAUUUACACACAUUUUUCGGUAACACUACUUCACCCGGUAAAUCAAAUUACUAUGUAUGGAAAGUUUAUGUGGGUGAUAAAAGCUACCUGGCCAAUCCAAAAGGAAGCCCAAGAUACGCCUGUAAUGAGAUUGUCUCUACUGGAAGUCAUCCUGCGACUAUCGUCAAAAAGUGGGCCACUUUAGACUAUGAAUGGGCGACGUGUAAUCAAAUGAAAGAGGCGGUGGAUUCGGAGAAUUUCACUAUUGCUCACAACGAAAUCGGAGGGAUUAGGGUCCACAAUGAUAAAAUAUACGUCACAAUCCCUAGGACCAAAAAGGGCAUAUUUGCUACAGUCGGUGUCUUGGUCGAAAAUGCUAUCCGCCCCUUUCCAUCAGCAGCACUGAAUGUUUUAGGUGACUGCCAUGCUUUGCAAUUUGUACAAAGCAUUGAAAUCGACGUAAACACGGAAUACAUGUGGAUUUUGGAUACAGCCUUUGGACAAACUUGCAAACCUAAAUUGGUAGUUUAUGAUCUAAACAAAGAUUCCGAAGUGUUUCGGUACGAGUUUUCUGAUACGUUGUUGAAUCCAGACUAUUUCCUUGAAGAUCUCGUGUUAGACUAUGUGGACCAGACUGCAACCUUUGCAUACAUUCCAGAUUCUCUAGGUCAACAACUUAUCAUUUUUGAUAUUAAACACAAAACUGUUCGUCAGUUGACCCAUCCCUCUAUGAAUUAUGUCCAUCAAUACACGAAUAUAACUAUAUCGGGGGAGACGACCGGCCCACAUUUCAAAGGAAUUAAAGGCAUCGCUAUGUCCCCAGAUUUCAAAUAUGCGUAUUAUUCCCCUUUGGCUGGAACUAAACUUUAUCAAAUUGAAACCUCAGUUUUACGAAAUGAGAGCAGUUCCGAAUCUGACAUAGAUGAAUCUGUCAAAGAGAUAGGAACUAAGAAUUUCACAAGCACAGGUAUCUUCAGUAGCAAGAGUGGUCUUUACUUAACAAACCUAGAAACUGGAACUAUUUUAAAAUGGUCUUACUCGUCAGCUGGAUCAUUCGUAGAUGGUAUCACUCCCGCUACAAUGGAAGUUACUAAAAAUUGCUUGUAUCAGUGGUUAAACAGCCCAUCGAUAGAUGGAAAGGGAAAUUUAUGGUUUACAACUCGCAACAUCGAUCCAUUUUUUGGAAAUUCAACACAUCCAGAAAAUCUCAACUAUUUCAUCUGGAAGUCGGAUAUUGGUGAGCAAAGCUACCUUCAAGGACAAAUCCCUAAAAGAACAUCCGCGGGAACUACUUUGUCGCUCAGUGGAGGGAUAUAUGUUUGCCUAUUUGUUACGAUAUACUUAAGAUUUUUCUGAACGACGUGACAAAAUAUACAUGUUCUCAAAUGCAGAAUGUUGCUUGUAGAUAAUGUGACUUUGUUGUGGCAAUUAUCCAUUAAAGUACUGAAUGAUAUUAUGCCAGUGAAAACACAAAAGUGAGGUAUUUAGGAAGAUCUACCAGAACUGCAUACAAAAUCAUCUUAGUCAUGUUACUGUUAAGACUAAUGUGUAGCAUUGAGACAAGAGCUUAAACGGUCAUUAUGUAAAUGACUACGGCGAUAAAUACGCGAAUGCUAAAUGAUAAUCAGUAUACAAAUAUACUACUAUUAGUGCGCAUAAUUAAACUGAAGGCAAGGCCAUUUACAAACGAUGACCCAUUUCUUGACCCCUGUGUUAACAAUAUGUCCUUAUUUGUGGGGGGAAAAACUGUGAAGGUAUUCAAAAACACUUGUGGAAUUUAUAGUCAUCUUUCAGAAGCAAUGCGAUAUAAGAGUUAUGUUGACAAACAGAACAUUUGAAAUUGAUCCUUUACGUGUUGUCAAACGCUAACAAAGCGCUUUAGAAUUUAAGUGUUUGUAACACGAAAAGGGUUCAGCUCGUUAGACGUAAAAGACCCUGUACAGUGUUCAUGUGCAGUGUAUGUUAAUAACUAGCAUUGUAACCUUACUUAUCUUUCUUAUAAAACUAUUAUUCAUCAUAAAUAUAGACAUAUAUCAUAGACAUAUAUCGGUACAUUUGAUUACGGAUAUAUAUACCCUAAAUAGAUAUAAAUUUUCAGUAAUUAAUAAUUGGCUAAAAAAAGAUUACCUGAAUUGUACUGUAUUCAAGAUUUACUAGGUUUUGAGCUGUUAAUGCAAUGUGCCACGUGGAAUGUUUGUAUUUAUGCAUGAGGCAUUAUUGGUCCCCCCCCCCCCCCCCCCCCCCAAAUAUUUUACUUGCUACAGAAAAGUCAAUAUUUGUACAUGUAUUUACUGUUCUCAUGUAUUCUUUGUGGGAUUUUAACCUUUUUCAUGCUUUCAAUAAAAUAAUAACUAACCGAGA